AUGCAAUCAAACAGAUCAAAAAAUUUAUCAGUUUAUAGUGUUGAAGCCAUGGGAUCAGCUUAUGCUUUCUGGGCUCUCCUCUCACUUGUCCUGUUUGUAAGCAUUAUAGAUGCAAGACCCGACCCUCGAGAAUACUGGAAAGGUGUCAUGAAAGAUCAACCCACGCCUGAAGUAAUUCAGAAUCUUAUCCGUAAGGGUACGGAGGCACCUCAUCUAUCUGAUAAAAAAAACGAUUGUCAAACAUCAAUGGAGACGGCAAAAAAUGAUAAGCUUGUUGGGAAUUUUGAGAAUACAAAAGAUCAACUUUCUACGAAAGAAUUUCAAGCAAGAUCUAAUCCCAAAAGCUACAGAUCCUAUGGCGAUACUCAACCAAUGGAAGAUGAGUUGUCGGUGAAAGAGUUUGAACCAAGACCUAAUCCCAAAGUCUACGAAGCCUAUGCUGAUGCCAUGCCAAUAGAAGACAAGUCUUUGGUGAAAAAAUUUGAACCAAGACCUAAUCCCAAAGCCUACAGAUCCUAUGCCGAUGCCAUGCCAAUGGAAGAUAAGACGUCGUUGAAAGAAUUUGAACCAAGACCCAAUCCCGAAGGCUACAAAUCCUACGCCGAUGUCAUGCCAAUGGAAGAAGAGAAUUCUUUGGUGAAAGAAUUUGAACCAAGAUCUAAUCCCAAAGGGUACAAAUCCUAUGCCGAUGUCAUGCCGAUGGAAGAAGAGAAUUCUUUGGUGAAAGAAUUUGAACCAAGACCUAAUCCCAAAGGCUACAAAUCCUACACCGAUGUCAUGCCGACGGAAGACAAAUCGUUGGUGAAAGAAUUUGAACCAAGAUCUAAUCCUAAAGGCUACAAAUCCUAUGCCGAUAUCAUGCCGACGGAAGACAAGUCGUUGGUGGAAGAAUUUGAACCAAGACCUAAUCCAAAAGGCUACAAAUCCUACGCCGAUGUCAUGCCGAUGGAAGAAGAGAAUUCUUUGGUGAAAGAAUUUGAACCAAGACCUAAUCCCAAAGGCUAUAGAUCCUAUGCCGAUGUCAUGCCGAUGGAAGAAGAGAAUUCUUUGGUGAAAGAAUUUGAACCAAGACCUAAUCCCAAAAGCUACAAAUCCUACGCCAAUGUCAUGCUGAUGGAAGAAGAGAAUUCAUUGGUGAAAGAAUUUGAACCAAGAUCUAAUCCUAAAAGUUAUGGAUCCUACGCCGAUGCCUUGCCAAUGGAAGACAAGUCUUUGGUGAAAGAAGUUGAACCAAGACCUAAUCCCACGAUGAUGGUAAUCUAAAAUAAGAGAAGCCAUUGGCUGGAGAUUUCGAUCCAAGCCCUAAGGUUUAUAUUCUUAAGACUUAGUCUAAUGCAUUGGAGUCUACAAUUUCAAUGCCAUGUGAGAAGAAGAUGGUCCAUGUUUGUGUAAAUAUCUGGUGUAAAG